GUGUUAGAACAAUUGACGGGUCAACAGCCAGUUUUCAGCAAAGCACGCUAUACUGUCAGAUCUUUUGGCAUUCGUCGUAACGAAAAAAUAGCAGUGCAUUGUACUGUCAGAGGACCCAAGGCUGAAGAAAUUUUAGAGAAAGGACUUAAGGUUCGAGAAUACGAGUUGAGGAAAGACAACUUCUCGGACACUGGAAAUUUUGGUUUUGGUAUUCAGGAACACAUUGAUCUUGGAAUCAAAUACGAUCCCAGCAUCGGUAUCUACGGUCUUGAUUUUUACGUAGUUCUUGGUCGGCCAGGUUUCAAUGUUGCCCAUAGAAGACACAAGAAAGGACGUAUAGGUUUUGGCCACAGAUUGGGCAAAGAAGAAGCUAUGAAAUGGUUUCAACAGAAGUACGAUGGUAUAAUUCUACCAAGCAAGAGUGGAAAAUGAAUGUGUGUCAACAUUUUUAAGAAAUAAAUAAAGAAAAAUGUAAAAUGUU